AUGAACAGCUCCUGGUUGGCAUGCGGCUCCUCCGCGCUGCUCUCCAGCAUCGUCCUGGUCACCCUGGCCGUGGUUCUGGCAAACGCCCACUCCUGCGAUAUGACCACUACCUCGUCUAUGCUGAACUCGACCCUGAGCUGCGCCGUAGGCGUGCAGGAGGGCGACCGUGGCCGCAUUCCUGGACACGUUCAUGCAAGCCAGGCGGAUGAGGACAGAGACGAGCAUCACGCCGGCAAAAGGCACGCCUUUACUCGCCGUCCUCCCCAAGUCAGCCGAGGCCUGACCGUCGCUUGCAAGGCCGAAAAGAAUCCGGGACCCGGUAUAUAUGUCGGCGUUGGCGGCGCUGAUGAUGAAUAUGAGGAGUCCACCGGUGGCAACGUGCGAAAGAACAGGAAUGCCGGCAAGCUGCGUAGCGAUUUCCCGGUAUUCGUCGCAAAGAUCUAUUCGAGAGCAACGAAGCUGCAUUCAUGUUCGAUGUAA